AUGGCUUCAAAGGGCGCGCGGAACGUAAGUUUUUCGAAUUUUGAUUUAAAAAAUUAAUUUUCUAAUUAAGUUUUAAUUUAAAAAAUUAAAACUUAAUUAGAAAGAGCGUAUUUUACAUUAUUUUUGUUAAUAUUACAGUAAUUUACUAGUUUAAACCACUUUUUUGCCGCUGAAAGGCUUUUCGUUGUGGGACCCGAACGUUAUGGGAAUGAAACGUUAAGAAUGCAUACAAUUUCACGUUUUGCGCGUGAAGAAUGCAUAACAUUUCACGUCUUACGCGUGAAAAUGCAUACUUACGUUUUGUGUACACAACGGUUGUGUUCCUUCAAAAUUUUUUAAAAUUCAAGGCAAUUAUCUUUCUCAACCGCAAGUCUACCUUUUUUUGAAGAAAUCAGAUACUUUUACAUUAUACUUUUUUAUCUACAUUCUACUUACGGUUUUUCAACGUAUUUCCACAGAUUUUUGAACUUUAAGACAUUAGCUUUAUAUUACACAUGAUAAAUUGUUACACUAGAUGGAACCUUCCGAGGAAUCAAUGUUUUGAUUUGCGGAAUAGAUGAAAAAUUGUUGAAAAGUGAUUUUUGUUAUGAGGAUUUGUUUUUGUAAAAGGUUGAACGUUCUUUGACACCAAAAAUUAUAUUACACUAGGUGGUUGGUCGGAAAUGAUUAUAACUUGUGGAUUUUUGGGUAUGAUAACAUGUUUUUGGGGUCAAAAUAUUGAAGAAACUUUGGACAUUGUUUUAGGUUCAUAUUGUUUGGUGUUUUGAGGUACAAGUGUUUGAAAAUGGCAUUAAAAGUUUAUGUUGUUUUAUAUAUUGAUAUUCUUGAUGGUUACUUUGAAAAUGGUCAUAACUUAACACUUACUUAUUGUUAUAAAAUGGGUUUAGGCUUUAAAGAUGCGCUAUAUUUUGAACAUUAUUAUCUAAAAAUUUCUUUUUGUUCCAUCAAUGUUAAGAUACCUAAAACAAUAUUUUCCUAAACACAUAACUUUCAGAUUAUAUUAUCCGUUGCGAUAACAUUCUUUAUUGCGUCAUGUACGACUGUGGCAAAUCAGCUAGCCAAAAAUGCUUUAACCUACGACAAGGAAAAGUUUGCCGCCCCAUUUUUCAUGGCUUGGUUUGGGACCUUGUUCAUGAUACCACUAUAUCCCAUCUACUUUUUGAUUCGGAAGAUCUUCACCAAGGCUUCUAUGGACGAAAUCAAUGGAGAGGCUUUUGAAAUCUUGGAGGGCAAGGAUGCAAGUGUUUUAGCUUUUUGUUUUUUGAAGUUUAGGUAUACUUAUCAGUCUGGAAUUCAUAAAAAUUGGUGCAAUUAGGUAUCUAUUUAAAUAAAAAUGGUAUUUUUUGACGAAAACUGGUUUUUUUGAAGUAAAACUCUUAUUUUAGGGCCGAAUCUACAAAGAGCUAGUUCUAGGCUUAGGAUCAUUCACAUUUCUGAUUCUUUGGACUGGACCACCAUAUCUAUUUGGAGUUAGCGUGCAAUUUAUUUCUGUGUCGGCAGCUACUGGAAUCGGAAGUUUGAGUGCUGCGAUGGUAUUUCUCUUCAGUAUUAUCUUCUUGGGAGCUGAAUUCAGCUGGUUUAAGGUAUUUUUUUGUUUUUAUGUUGGUUUUUAGGUAAAAACUUCUGAUUCUUAGAUUAAAAAGGUCAGAAACAUGGGUUUUUGGUCUAAAAAUAUGUUGUAGUAGAUAAAACCGAUUUCGUUUUAGGCUGCAGGUAUUGCUGUGAGUAUUGCUGGUGUUGUACUGCUCAGUUUGGACGGGAAUUUUACUGGAAGUGUCCUUGGUGUUUGUCUUAUCCUUCUUUGGGCUUUCAUCACUGCUGUCUAUAAUGUAAGUUCAAUUCGUAAAGUUUUGUUACCUAAAAUAUUAAAUUUUAAAAUUUUGUUAGCUAAAACAUUACAUUUUAAAGAUUUGUUGCCUAAAAGAUUAAAUUUGAAGAUUUUGUUACCUAAAACACAAAUUUUAAAGUUUUAUUAGCUAAACAAUCAAAUUUUAAUGCUUUGUUACCUAAAAAUCAAUUUUCAUUUAUAAAAUCAAAAAUAUUGUUACCUAAAACCUAAAAAUUUCAGACAGCCUUCAAGAAGGUAUUUGGAGACUUGUCUCUAGCACAAGUCUUGUUUUACCAAAGUCUACUCGGCCUAGCCGACUUUAUCUGGAACACCAUACCGAUGUUAGUCUUGGCCUUCUUUGACUACGACAGAAUCGUGUGGGAAUCCAUUCCAUGGUUGCCGGUUAUUGGAAAUGGCAUUGCUGGUGUUGGUAAGUCAUAAUAUCUUUUGGUAGGGCGUUUUUUUUUGUUGGAGAGGGGUGUUUUUUCAUUAUUUUGUAAAACAGGGGCGUUUUUUAGCGAUUUUUUGGGGGAAAAUCGUUUUUUUUUGUUUUUAAAUUUCGAAAAAAAAUUUUUUUUUGCCAAUAGUGGUAGUAUAGACUAUUUUUAAGCUGUUGGCACAAUUUUUCAAAGGUAUUUGAUAAGAAAUUGCAUUUAAGGGAGUUUGGAGGCCAGUAAUAUCACUUUUUUGGCAAUUUUUAGAUAAAAAAUGAUUUAAAAAAGAUUUUCAAUGAAGAAAAGUUGAAUUUUAAAAAAUUUUCUUUGUAAAAUACGAAAACGUGUUAAUGGUCAUUUUUAGCCUUUGCUUUUGGAGCAAAUCUGGGUAUAGCAAUGCUUAACCCAUUGGUCGUGUCCAUCGCUUUUCUGGUCGGAAUCCCAAUGAAUGCUGGUAAGUGAGGGGUAGAAAAAGAUUGAAAUUGGUAAUAAAACAAAGGUUCAUGAGGUAAUUCUUUACAAAAAAAAUGGUGAGAACUUUCUUUACAAAAUAAGAAACGCAAGAAUUUUCUUUAUAAAUUAUAAAAUGGCAACAACUUUCUUUACAAAACAAAAAGUGGCAAGAACUUUAUUUACAAAACAAAAAAUGGCAAUAACUUUCUUUACAAAUCACAAAAUGGCAAGAACUUAUUUACAAAGCACAAAAUGGCAAGAACUUUCUUUACAAAACAAGAAAUUUAUUGUUAGCCUUGCCAGACCUAGUAGACUCAUUCUAAAUACCUUCAAGGCCAAAAAAAAAUUUUUAAUUUUUUUUAUUUCGACUGUAAAAUUGAAAAAAAUGUGUUUUUCAUCUCCCAAAACGCCCUAUUCUAGCUGUGGACAUCAUAUUCCGUGGCCUGGACGCAGGUCCUCUGGUCUACAUUGGAGGCGUCCUCAUUGCCAUCGGCUUCUGCUUCACCAGCCUUCCAUUCGACGACUGGAUCCGAAAGUUGACGGGCAAAAAGGAAAAAGAUGCGGAAAGCGACAUCAAAGACAGCAAAGACACCAAAUCAUCCGAUCUAUCUUAA